CAUAUAGUCGGUAGCCUCAGUUUGCGGAUGACCAUCAAUGAAGAGACAAGUGCCGUCUUACACGGCGUUGCGUAAAUACAUAAUGCAAUCGCAAUGCGAUAGUGCGUUUUAUUAAUACAACUAAAGUAGUGCAUCGAGUGAAAUCAUAUCUGGAUUGCUGGACGUUUUGAAAAAGUCGCACGUUCUAAUAAUAGGAUACGCAAUGACGUUGGGCUUCUUUGAAGUAGCGGCCGGCCUGGUAGUCCUGGGCCUGGCCGUCUACUACUAUUUCACCUCGAACAUGGACUUCUGGAGCAGUCGCGGUGUCAAGGGCCCGAAACCUGUGCUACUUUUCGGCACGACGCGCGAUCUCGUAUUCGGCCGCAUGUCUAUAGCCCAGCACACGACUCUGACGUACGAGGCUUUCCAGGGCCAGCCUCUCGUCGGCCUCUUCACCAAUCAAAAGCCCAUCCUCAUGGUCCGUGACCCAGAGCUCAUCAAGGACGUUCUCAUCAAAGACUUCUCGGUGUUCAGCUACCGGGGCUUGCCGAUCGCCAGCAAAGCCGAGCCUCUGUCGCAGCACCUCUUCCUUCUCGAGCCGAAGCGUUGGCGGCCGCUCCGGCAAAAGCUCUCGCCCACCUUCACCUCCGGCAAGCUCAAGGACAUGUUCUAUCUGCUGAGGGAGUGCGCCGAGCACCUGGGCAGCUUCCUCGAGGACUUCGUGGAGAAGAACCCGGUGAUCGAGUGCCGGGAGCUCGCGGGCAAGUUCACCACUGACGUCAUCGGGGUCUGCGCCUUCGGCCUCAACAUGAACGCCAUCGCCGAGGAUGACAGCAAGUUUCGAAAGAUCGCGCGCAAGCCCUUCGACUCGUCGACUUUGAGUUUGAUGAAGAAUUACCUGAGGUUCGCCGCGCCCUGGCUGAUGGACUUGCUCAGUCCCAUCUUUUACGACCGAGAGCUGAACGACUUCUUCAUCGGUACCAUCACCCAGACUAUGGAAUACAGGAAGAAGAGUAACGUCAAGCGCAACGACUUCAUCGACCUGCUCAUGGCGAUCAAGGACGACCCGAGCAAGCUCAACGACAUCGAGCUGACGGAUACUUUGCUCGCUGCCCAGGCCUUCGUCUUCUUCAUUGCGGGUUUCGAAACUUCCUCGUCGACCAUAAGUCACACCCUGUACGAAUUGGCUCAGAAUCAGCCGAUUCAGGAUAAGCUUCGCGAAGAAAUUGUCGAAGGACUCAAGAGUCAUAACGGAGAGCUGACGUACGAAAGCGUCAAAAGCAUGAAGUACUUGCACAAAAUUUUCUGUGAAACUUUGAGGAAAUAUCCACCACUUAGCGUACUUCAAAGGUGCUCACUGGAGCCGUACACCUUUGCGGGGACGAAAGUGACGAUCCCCGAAAACACGUUGCUGUGGAUUCCGGCUCACGCGAUUCAACACGAUCCGGAGAAUUAUCCCGAGCCGGAAAAAUUCGAUCCUGAUAGAUUUGAGGAGGAAAACGUAAAGCACAGGCAUCCGUCCUUAUAUCUGCCUUUUGGCGAUGGCCCGAGGAACUGCAUUGGUGCUCGUUUCGGCAUUUAUCAGACAAAAGUUGGCCUCAUUCAAAUUUUGAAAAGUUAUAAGGUCGAGGUCUGCGCUGAAACUUGCAUACCUUAUGUGGUCGAUCCGAAGAAGUUUUUGUUGACCCCACUGGAUGGCAUCAAAUUGAAAUUCAGAAAGGUAGUGGAUAAGUAAUAUCAAGAUCAAGUAUUCUCGUUUAUCAGUACUCGGAAUAUAUUUAUUCGUCGUGUUUGAAGGAAAGACAAUUUUCAUGUAUUCUGAAUUAUUUGAGACAUUAUUUAAUAAUGAACGAAAAUUAUUUAAACGCCAAAAUACUUUGGUAAAACGUUACCGUCUACCGUACACACUAACGAAUUUGGCCAAUUGUAGACACAGCUUCAUUGCAAGGGAUCGAGCAGUACGCAACAUUCGCUCGCAAUAAAAUGAGGGAAAAUCCAGGUCGAGGUAGACGGGGAACAACAAUCUUUCUCCCUUCAGCUUUAGAGCACUGCCCCCGCCUCAACUCGGCACGGCCAGUCAUUAUAGCCAGGUAUACCUAUAAAAUAUACCUAUAAGUCUUAUAGAGAAGGUAUAUAAGACGACGACGACUGAUGCUUGUCAUUGGUCUCCUUCUCAGCACGACGUCGAUCUAAGUACUUAGGCUCACUCGGCUUCUGCGCGUCAUACUCCAAGUACUCUGACCACUCUAACUGCUGUCUGAAUUCUUGAUCGUUCUAGUUAGUGAUUUUGCAUUUUCGUAAAAUUGUCCAUAUGUAUUUCUAAUCUGACCUCGGUUUCGACUUGAAGUCUUAGCAUAAGAAAUAAUUUUUUUUUAAUUUAGUGAAUUGAUCACUCACGUAUUUUGCUCACUCAAAACUAUAGCUGCAAUCUAUUUAAAAAUCUUAUCCUUACAUGGAAUUGUGCUUCCAAUUUCUCCGUUCUCCGAUUUCCCUGCUCACGGGGAACGUUGGCACUUAUACAUUUUACAAUAAGAGCAAUGUAGCUUACGUGCGUGACUAGCGUGAAAAUAAUGCGAGUGCAAGGAUCUAUUUGUAUGUGUAUCAUAGAUUAUUUAUUGAAACUCUGCGCGAAGUCAUAUUUUCAAUGUAGAGCGUCGAGAAUUUUGCGCACUUAGUGCGAAAAUUCAGUAUUUCGAAGAUUCUAAAUCUCAAGCAGAAUUAGAACUUCCCACACAGCUGAGUGUAAAGAAAUAUGGAAACUUUGUACCUGAAGACUAAAAUUAUAAACAAAAGAAUGGUUACGAUAAUAUAUCGAAUGUAUCGAAAUGUAUAUCGAAUUCGCAUGUUCCUUGCCAAUUGAUAGUAUGCAUUUAGAUUUAAUUAUUUAUCAUAUGUAAUACUUUUUCAAGUUAUAAUAGGCUUUCCCCGAGCUGUAAAAACAAGAACUCCGUUGUAAAGUUUUAAAUAAUAAUGUAACUAUAGUUGUGUUUUAAGAGUGCUCUAUACCCCUGAGACAGCCAAUCAGAGCGUCGGAAGUAUUUUCUUCGACUAACCACGGAUUUAUUAUUGAAUAUUUUAAUAAAUAAAUGGUUGCAAAAUAUUCUUCAUCUUUUUCAGCACGUGGGAUGAUUCCGUGUUUUUGCAAAUAAUUAUUCAGAAGCGGUAAAAUUAAUCCCGACAGUUUUCACCGAUACGUCGUCUGCUUCUGCAGCGCACGAGACACCAAAAGAGAUGAACGAAAACUGCGUAGUUGUCAAUUACCUGGGCGAAAUUUCUACUAAAAUGAUAUCUUCCCACGUACAGAAGAACCUGAAGAAUAACGUAUAAGUUCUUUUGUACCUUGAAAUGGUGAAAUCGAGUCGUAGUUAGUCGAGAAAAAUCUUGCGGUAGUGAACGAAAUCUAAUGUGCACAAUGUAGCCCUGGUAGAAUGAACCUAAGAACUGGCUAGUAACUGUCCAGUUCUUUGGUUCAUUUCUACCAGAGAGGUAUUAUACUUUUUUUUACUAUGAAUUACAAAUCAACUAAUACGUAUUUUAGAAGAUAUAGAAGGUUGAAUUUUGCAUUCAAAUACGGAAAAUUAAUUAACAAA